AGGGAUCUCUGCAGAUGGAGAAGGUGUGGUUAGGUCAGUUCCCUUCACAGCCCAAAUUCUUCUCACCUGAUGGCACCAUCAACAGGCAGUGUCCUCCUGGCCCGCUUCCCCAGCACCACGGACUCUCUCCAGUCUGGUCCGUCCACCUUCACACUCUGAAAUGCUCACUAUUUCUCCCUGGUCCUUUGCGUCUCCUUCGCCCAAAAAGCCUCUCUGAUCUCACCAGCAUCCUUCCACCCAUCUCUAGUAAUGGCAAGUUGAAUUUUGCUGAUCCCAUAUGAUCCAUUUUGAUCUCAUCCUCGUGCUUGGAGAAUUCAGUUUUUGUCAGCAUUGCUGAGAAGUCACUCAAGACAGCUGAUCAUUCUUCGUUAACAGCAGUUCCAAAGAAUAGGUGCAGAGAAGAUGGCCUCCCCAGGUGCCCCAGGGACCCGCAUGACGUCCACAGUCAGCAUCAACAUUUCUACGCCUUCCUUCUACAACCCACAGAAGAAGUUUGCACCUGUGGUUGCCCCUAAGCCCAAGGUGAACCCCUUCAAGGCUGGAGGUGCAUCAGAGUCGUCGCCGCCUCCACCUCCUGGUCCUGGUGCCCAGCGUGCUCAGAUAGGGAAGGUGGGGGAGAUUCCAUUGCCACCCGUGUCCAUGCUGGCAGAAGACCUGCCACUGCCACCUCCUCCUCCACCUGGAGAGGAUGCAAGCUUCUCCUCAAACUGUGCAUUUCCACCACCCCCACCACCCUUUGAAGAGCCUUUUCCACCAGCCCCAGAUGAAGCUUUUCCUUCUCCUCCUUCUCCACCUCCUCCUCCUCCACCAAUGUUUGAUGAAGGACCUCUGAGCAAGGUUCCUGCCCCACAGAUAACUCCGGGAUCCACAGGUUCUCUGGAGAAACCAUUGGCCCCAAAAGCCCCUGUGGAAAUACCAUCUGCACCCAAAGAUGCUCCUCCUUCCUUUCCUUCCAAAUUCACGCCAAAGCCAAGUGGAAGCUCACCUUUCAAGCCCCCUGGGGUGGAUUUGAACCCCACCCCAACCCCAUGGGCAGCCCCACAGCAACGCAAGGAGCCCCAGGCACCAGUCCCUCCACCCUCUUCUCUCCCUUCUGCUCAGCCUGCCCCUAAAUUCACCCCAUCUUCUGUUGCUGGCUCUCCUAAGUCUGUGUCCAAAUCAGGUGACAAUGUUCCAAUGGCUCCCUCAAAUUCUACAAGAUACCCUACCUCCCUUCAGACUCAGUUCACAGCCCCUUCACCUUCAGGCCCCUCCUCUCGACCACAGCCCCCCAAUUUCACCUAUGCCCAGCAGAGGGAAAAACCCCAAGUGCAGGAGAAGCCACGCCCAACAGAACAGCCUGCUGCUGCAAGAGACACGCAUAGACCCACAGGUUCCAGUGCAGACCCACCUAGGGGGAAUUCCUGUCUGACAAUGAAGGAGGUAGAAGAGCUGGAGAAGUUGACCCAGAGACUAAUGAAGGAUAUGGAGCAUCCACCCCCAGCAGAGGCUGCAACUUCUGAGCUCUGUGGCUUCUGCCGGAAGCCCCUGUCACGAACCCAGCCAGCUGUGAGGGCCCUGGACCGCCUCUUCCACGUGGAAUGCUUCACCUGCUUCAAGUGUGAGAAGCAGCUGCAGGGGCAGCAGUUCUACAAUGUGGAUGAGAAGCCCUUCUGCGAGGACUGCUAUGCUAGCACCUUGGAGAAGUGCAGUGUCUGCAAGCAGACCAUCACAGACCGGAUGCUGAAGGCCACUGGAAACUCAUACCAUCCCCAGUGCUUUACCUGCGUGAUGUGCCAUACCCCCCUGGAGGGGACCUCUUUCAUUGUGGACCAGUCCAACCAGCCUCACUGUGUGGAUGACUACCACAGGAAGUAUGCUCCACGCUGCUCAGUCUGUAGUGAACCUAUCAUGCCAGAGCCUGGAAAGGAUGAGACAGUGCGUGUUGUUGCACUGGAGAAAAAUUUCCACAUGAAAUGUUACAAGUGUGAGGACUGUGGGAAGCCCUUGUCCAUUGAGGCAGACGAGAAUGGGUGCUUUCCUCUGGAUGGGCACGUGCUGUGUAUCAAGUGUCACACCGUCCGUGCCAAAACAGCGCGCUGAGGAGCUCGGAGGGGGCAUUCCCUCGAGACCCCCGCACUCAGUACUCCUCCCCUCCCUGCAAUUGUCCUACCCCUCUGCCUGACAAGGCAGACUGCUACCAAUGGAGACUGUACCAGCACAGUUUUUCACUCAUGUAGGAUUCACUGCUCCUAGACUUCACUCUGCACACCCACCAAGAAAGGACCUCUUCUGCCACCGCUUCCUGGCCACAGCGUAUCCCAGGCUGGGGGCUGUCAUCAAGGUGAGUGCACAAUCGCUGUUCCCUCAAGACUCUGGAGGAGAAAGAUCAGCCCUCCACCACCUCCUGGUGGAAGAAGCAAGAAGGGCCUGGUGGCAGGUGCUGGGAAGGGCUGAGAGCAUUCUUCAGUUCCAUGGAGCCAAGAACGAUGAUUUGACUUGAGAAGGUGGAAGCCUGCAUCUUGGCACCACUUCUGUCUUUCAUUUUAUAUCUUGUGACACCUCAUUAUCAGGAUGUCUUCCUCUGCCUGCUCCCUCACCUGGGUUAGAGUGUGGAGGCAUAAAGUAGUGGGAAUCUGUUACUGUUGCUGGAAAAAGCUAACCUGCUAUAGCUUUUUUGUCUCUAAUGGAUUUUACUGGGUAACUGUCUUGUCUUUUUUUCCCUUAGCCAGAUUAAACUGGCAGUGUUUGAAAUACUACUCUGUUUCUGAGUUUGGAAGCUUUUUAAAAAAAAAAAUCUUCUUCCCCUUCCCAAAAUGAAUUGUUUCCCAGUGUGGUUUCUGGACAGCCAGGCUGGGAACCAGAGUAGCAAAGCAGUCCAAAGAAUGCAUGUUUACAAAUAGAGGCCGUCAGAAGGACGGGCAGCACAUGGUGAGGAGGCGUCUCAGUGCGUGGAUGAGGAUUCAGCAGACUGAGGAAUGUCUUCUGUUCCAGUAGGGUUUCUUUCACUGCUGUCAGUGAAAGCCGCAGUGUAAUUUGUAAUUGCAAUGUACUGUCUGGCUCUGAGCGUUACUGCACCGAGCCCCAUUUCCUGAACUAGAAACUGUCUCAAACUGAACAAACAUUUUGAAUAACAGCACUGUCCAACCACUGUUUGCGUUCAAUAAAAUGUGUGGGUUUUUUCCAUUAA